AUGCCCAACGGCGAGACUACCGACGUCUUCUGCCCUCAGUGGACUGGUAGCUGCACUUCCGUCGUUGGUGCCACUGGUACCGCGUCCGCUCAGUGUGACACCGGAGCCAACUCUGGCACCGCCCGUGUCAGCUGCCUCUCCACCUACGGAGACAACGUCGCUGACUACACCGACGCCAACAAGCAGAGGAUGGGUAUCGAGUACGCUUAA